CGGUCACCUCGGGCGAAGAUAGCUUCAAGCUCCUAUUUGCCUCAGGUCGCCAUACACCUUAUAUCUGAAGCAUCUUUAUACUAUGACCCAUAACAUACCCAUCACAGUCUUCACCGGAUUCCUUGGUGCUGGAAAGACUUCCAUCAUUCUCUCCUUGCUUCCUAAACUUCCCAAAGACUACAAGGUCGUCCUUCUCAAGAAUGAGUAUGGAGAUAUCGAAGUUGACUCGCAGCUUGCACGGCAGUCCAGCCUGGCUGCGGUCAGUGAAAUCCUGAAUGGAUGUCUCUGCUGCGUCAUGGUGGGCCACAUGAAGAAUGCUUUGCUGGAAAUCAGAGAAAAAUUUCGCCCUGAUAGGAUCAUAAUCGAGUGCUCAGGAUCCGCCUUUCCAGCCACACUCGCAUUUCAGAUCCACGAGCUGGAAAAAGAGACCAACUGUGAUCUCAAACUUGAUGCUAUUGUGACAGUCGUAGAUGCCGAAAACUUUACCGGGUACGACGAUGUCUCUCCGACAGCUCAGAUGCAGGCCAAAUAUUCGGACAUCAUCCUCAUCAACAAGUCAGAACACGUCUCCGAGCGGGCUCUCGAUGAUGUGAUCGACCAUCUCAAUACCCUCAACGACUUGACACCCAAGGUGCGGUGCAAAGGUCGCGAGGGCGUUGACCCAAAUCUUUUGUUUGGCUUGGACACUAAGUUGUUCAAAAAUACCAUCCCCGAGCCGGUUUCUGAUGAGUCUCAUCACGAUGAAGUCCAGACUGUGACCAUUUUCAGAGGGGGUGUAGCUCCUCAUUCUCACUGCAGCCACGAAGGCUCAGCUCAUACCCAUACCCUCUCAAAUGACACUGCUGGCCCAACGGAGGAAGAAGUAGAAUGUGUAGACCAAGCGGAAUUUGAGGCCGCUCUCAAGCUGAUCUCGAAAGAAAGUGUCUGGAGGUUGAAAGGCUUCGUGCGCACUCCUCAGGGUGUACAGGUCUUAAAUUGGGCCUUUGAGCGCUAUGACCUCACGCCGAUAGAGGCUUCGAAUCAGCUAAAAGGUGGUUCCAUCCGGUUGACUGCAAUGGGCGAGCGAGGAGAGGUGAAGCGGAGAGUGAGGGCCUUCUGUGACAAGAUGGGUGCUUGUGUUGUUUGAUUAGAUGUAGCGUAGACUGAAUCGCUGUUAGAUUAGAUGUGCCUAUGUCAUCCCGAUCGUGAUGGCGAUGUCAGACAGGCGCGCUGACCACGCCUAUACUGAUCCCGAUUACUACAAUGAGACAGAUUCCCGCAAGCAAUGUCGAUGUGAGAAUCACAUGAAGUUACGUCGCAUGUCUUUUCCCUUCAACUAUGAUCUCCUAUGUCCUAUCCUCAGCUGCAGCAUAUAUACCCACUCCGCCCAGCAAUGACAAUGACGUCGGUGGGCACAAGCCCGGGUCUGACUGCGUCUCUAUGUGCAUAGCGCGUGUUCCUACUUUCCCAGAUGCCCCUGCUUUCGAUGGCAUAUCUCACUCGAACUCGUCGUCGGCUUCCUCCGCGGAGAUCAAGGUGGUGCUUGCGAGCAACGACCUCUACCACAUACUCGGCAUCUCGCGUUCAUCUAAGCUUGAUAAACUCGCCAUUCGUCGUGCUUAUCUUUCAAGAAGUAAGGCAUGCCAUCCCGACAAAUUUCCCGAUAAUCCUGAGGCUACUCACGCUUUCCAGAAAGUCGCAGUGGCGUACGAUGUUCUCAGCAAGCCCUCUUCCAAGCGUAUCUACGACUCGCGCUCCCCGGCCGCUCAGGCCAACUGCUUCGCUUUCCAAUCCUCGAUGCACGCUGAGGAAACGUUCAAGGGUGUCAUUGUGAGCGUCAUCAACGAUUUCUUGGACGGAGACAUGGAGAUGAUACGCACGUUACUUCGAGCCAUCAACGAUAUAAACCCUUCGCUCAAACUGGGAGACGAAGGCAUCAACUCUGUGCUGGCCGUCUUCCAGACUAUCCGGCAGCGCGCCUUGACAUGCCGGACGUGUGUGAUGGCCUUGCACUCGGAACUCAUCAGAGUACUAGAAAUCCAAACUGCAUUCCGACAACUCCCCUAUCUUGAUAUUGCCGGCCGCUCUCGGCUUACCAUUCAGUUAACUCGCAUCACCCUCAGCCUUCCUGUCACACUGGAGAGAGCCAUACGCGAACAGAAUCUCGAGCAGCUGUCUGGCAAACUUGCUACAAAUCAUGACCGAGAUUACGAUAAAACUGCCUUGCUGCCUCAUCGCGUCAUAUUACUUAUACGAGGAAUUGAUCUCGUUCUCGAUCGCAUAGAGCGUAUUUUGGGCUAAUUUGGAGGACUUUCUCUUUUUCUUAAUCACUGUUUCACUACUCAUGCAUUGUUUUCAUAGACAUAGAUUCAC